AUGGAAAGCAAGGCUAACAAUAUAUCAUUCAAUUCGGAUGAGAGCGAAAGGUGUUUGGAAUUUGAAAGCUGUGAUGAGCAUUUAUUGAUUGAUGAUGAUGAGCUUCCAAAGGACACUGAUUUAUGCUCAUUUGAAGUUGAUAAGAUCAUACAACAGCCUAAUGCAAGCUUGCCUUUGAUGGGCAAUGCUGUAGAGCCAUACAUUGGAAUGGGGUUCAAGUCUAGAGACGAUGCUCGAGACUUUUAUAUUGCUUAUGGCAGGCAUUCUGGGUUUACAGUAAGGAUUCAUCACAACCGGCGUUCGAGGAUGAAUAACAUGGUUAUUGGCCAGGAUUUUGUUUGUUCUAGAGAGGGUUUUCGGGAUAAGAAAUAUGUUUGCAGGGAAGAUAGAGUCCUUCCUCCACCACCUGUCACCAGAGAAGGCUGUGCUGCAAUGCUGAGGGUAGCUUUAAGAGAUGGGGAGAAGUGGGUUGUUACCAAGUUUGUAAAAGAACAUAAUCACACAUUAAUGGCUCCAAGUAAAGUUCCAUGGCGAGGAUUUGGGAAAAACUUAAUUAGCGAGGAUGAGAAGGAUCAGAAAAUUAGGGAUCUUACAAUUGAACUUAGCAAUGAGAGACAGCGCUGUAAACGCCGAUGUGCAGCUUAUCAGGAACAAAUAAGUAUGCUUUUGAAAGAUAUCCAAGAGCAUAGUGAUCACUUGUCAACAAGAGUUCAAGACAUAGUAAGGAACAUAAGAGAACUUGAGAAUGAGCAAUGUGUAGAUUCAUUACAAUAA